AUGGUCACUCUGGACUUUAAAGCGUGCACAUUACCUGUGGGUAUAGUGCGGGUGCUCGAAGUAAUCCUCACCUGCAUCACUUUCAGCCUGGUGGCCUCAGGUUACCACAACCCAGAUGCCUUCUGGAUAUGGUGCAUGUUCACCUGGUGUUUUUGCUUCUGUCUCUCGGUCCUCAUUCUCUUUUUGGAAUUCAGCUCUCUUAACUCCAAGCUGCCCAUCUCCUGGGAGGACUUCACCUGUGCGUUUGCUAUGCUUGCUACUCUCAUGCUCCUGGCCGCUUCCAUUAUCUACCCCGUAAACUUCACCAAGGCCAACAGCCCCACACAGAUCGGUGCCAGCGUGUGCUCCUGCUUGGCCUUCCUCUUGUAUGCCAUCGAGGUGGGGCUGACUCGGGCUCGCCCUGGGGAAUCGAACAUAGAAAGAAAGGAUGAUGACUAA